AAGACACGUCAUUUUUCGUCGUCUAAAUAUCCUUCAGUUGUGUAAUUUUCUGCAGCGACAAGGGAAACGUUCACAACAUUACAGCAUUUAACGCAAGAUGUCUCUUUUACGUGUUUGCUGUACGACAGCUAGUGGUUUUGUUAAGAGAGGAUUGUUUUUAGAGUCGACUUAUCCUGCAUAUCAUAGGACAGCAGGAUAUGCUUCUGGUGGGGUGACCAAAGAUAAAGAACCUUUAAAGAAAGCAAAAACGCCCCAAGGACGCUUUGACAUGGACGAAAAUGAGCCCAAAUCUAAAGAUGUCCUUAAAAGAUUUCCAGAUGAUGUGAAUCCAGAAACUAAGGAGAAAGGUGGCCCCAGAGGCCCUGAACCUACACGAUAUGGUGACUGGGAAAGGAAGGGUCGUUGUAUUGAUUUUUAGAUUUGGCCUGUUAAAAUACUCAGAUUUAUUUAUUUGACCAUUUGAGUCAUUUGAAUGUAAUCAUUAAUUCUGUAUACAGAUAAAUAAGAGAAUUUCUGAACCUAGAAAUGAUGUUCGUCUCCCCUGAUUGUAUGGGCCUGCUAUGUAGUAGUAUGUAAGUGUGCAAAAGUAGUAACUACUUGAAUGGAUCUGUGUAGUCUUUAAUUGGCAUUUUGAUAAGAAUCUGUAUGUGUAUA